CCGCCGCGCCGGGACCUGGGAGUCGUAGGCGGGUAAACCCAAAGCCUUCUGGGAAUCGUAGUCCCUCCACAGGCUUCCGCGUUUUCUCGGAGCCUGGACUUCCCAGCGCGGGUUCUACUCACGUGAGUUUCCCCUCCUCAGCAGGCCGAUCUCGGCUCUUUGUCGUGCUGCCGUGUAGGAGUUGAGGGUCUCCAUCUUACCUUCCCACGCAUUCCGGGGCAGCCAACUCCUCCCCGCCCGCCCGGAACCCGCGAUGCCCGCCCCGCAGUGCGCCUCCUGCCACGCGGCGCGCGCCGCCCUCCGCCGCCCGCGCUCCGGCCAAGCGCUGUGCGGCGCCUGCUUCUGCGCCGCCUUCGAGGCCGAGGUGCUGCACACGGUGCUGGCGGGCCGCCUGCUGCCGCCCGGCGCCGUGGUGGCCGUGGGCGCCUCCGGCGGCAAGGACUCCACGGUGCUGGCGCACGUGCUGCACGAGCUGGCGCCGCGCCUGGGCGUCUCGCUGCGCCUGGUGGCCGUGGACGAGGGCAUCGGCGGCUACCGGGACGCGGCGCUGGCGGCCGUGCGGCGCCAGGCGGCGCGCUGGGACCUCCCGCUCACCGUCGUGGCCUACGCCGACCUCUUCGGGGGCUGGACGAUGGACGCCGUGGCCCGCAGCACGGCCGGCUCCGGCCGCAGCCGCGCCUGCUGCACCUUCUGCGGGGUCCUGCGGCGCCGCGCGCUGGAGGAAGGGGCGCGCCUCGUGGGAGCCACGCACAUCGUGACGGGCCACAACGCCGACGACAUGGCGGAGACCGUGCUCAUGAACUUCCUGCGGGGCGACGCGGGGCGGCUGGCCCGGGGCGGGGGCCUGGGCUCGCGGGGCGAGGGGGGCGCGCUGCCGCGCUGCCGCCCCCUGCAGCUGGCCUCGCAGAAGGAGGUGGUGCUGUACGCGCACUUCCGCCGCCUCGACUACUUCUCGGAGGAGUGCGUCUACGCGCCCGAGGCCUUCCGCGGCCACGCGCGCCACCUGCUCAAGCUCCUGGAGGCGGCGCGGCCGUCGGCGGCGCUGGACCUGGUGCACUCGGCCGAGCGCCUGGCCUUGGCCCCGGCCGCGCGGCCCCCGCCCCCCGGCGCCUGCUCCCGCUGCGGGGCGCUGGCCAGCCGCGCGCUCUGCCAGGCCUGCGCCCUCCUGGACGGGCUGCAGCGCGGCCGGCCCCGCCUGGCCAUCGGCAAGGGCCGCGGGGGGCGCGACGAGGAGGGGUCGUCGGGGCCGCCACCCCCGCCUCCCAGCGACCCCGGCUCUGCGCCGGGCCCCGCCGCCGGGGGGUGCGGGGCUGCCUGUAAAGAGCGCUGCGAAUAAACCCAAGGGACCUCCGCCCGGGCUUCGGUGCGAGGCUGGGAGGGGGACGGACGGGACCGGGCGCCGCCGACCCCGCAGAAGCUGGGGGCCGGGAC